ACACCCGGUCCAACCCAUCCUUGUUCAUCCCCACUCGCCACCCGAAGUCCACGGACCACGGGCCACCACCAUUCCUCCGUCUCCCCCCAAACUCUUGCAUUCUCUCCACAGCCCCCUCCUCCCCGACGAACACGGCACCACGAUCACCACCCAGAGCCAUCCUCCACCACAGCUGCAUUCCUCUUCCCUUCCUCCUCCCGUAGCCAGGCGCACUCGUCGUCCCCGUCUACCCCUGGCGCUGCGUGUUGAUUUGAUUUCUUCUUCAUUUGUGCUGCUUUCAUAAAUUAUUUAAGUGAAGGCAAAUAUGGGUACAAAAGCUCGCCCACCACCUACUGAUGCAGAAAAAGCGGAGAUUGGAGAAAUAGAUACACGGGCUCCAUUUGAAUCUGUUAAAGCUGCAGUGAGUUUAUUUGGUGAAGUCCGGUUUUCAUCUGACAAAUCAGCUGCAAGAAAGCCCAAGGCUCCUCAAGCAGAGAGGGUGUUAGCUAAGGAGACAGAGCUGCACUUGGCCCAGAAAGAGUUGAAUAAAUACAAGGAACAGCUGAGUAAUGCUGAGACAACCAGAGUACAGGCCCUCUCUGAGCUAGAGAAAGCUAAAAAAACUGUUGAGGAGCUAACUACUAAGCUGGAUGCAAUCAACAAGUCUAAAGAACUGGCUAUUCAGGCAACAGAGGAUGCAAAGACUCGAACCAAGCAGCUUGAAGGUGCCGACACAAAUGAAGGUCUUGGAACAGAUGGUCCUCUGAAUCAGGAACUGGAAAGUGCAAGGGAGCAGUAUACUGUUGCUUUGACGGAUCUUGAUGCAGCAAAACAGGAGCUUAGAAAGCUCAAGAAGGAUUUUGAAACCUCAUUGGAUAUGAGGUUGUCUGCUGCCCAGCAGGAAGAGGAAUCAUUGCACUCAAGUGAAGCCAACAAGGAAAAGGCUAAUCAACUUUGUAAAAAGGUUGCAGAAAUUCAAGAGUCGCUUAUGCACGUUAAGUCAGCUACAGAACAGGCACACGAAGAGGAAUCACAAAUCCUUGCUGAGAAGGAUGUUGCUAGGAAAACAUACAAACAAGCUUUGGAAGAAACACAGAAGAAAUUGUUAUCUUUGAAAAAUGAUUUUGAUCCUGCUGCUUAUGACAGUCUCAAAGAAAAGCUAGACCAAACCAAUUCUGACAUUGCAUCUAUGCAGAAGAAGAUAGAAGAUGCUCGGGCUCGAGAUUUAGAGUCUGUUGCUGUUGUCAGUACAGAGUUGGAUGACGCUAAGGAAAUGUUGCAGAAAGUAGCAGAGGAGGAAAGUUCUCUUCGGAGUUUGGUGGAAUCACUGAAUGUGGAGCUAGAAGCUGUAAAGCAGGAGCACAAUCAGCUCAAAGUGAAGGACACAGAAACUGAAUCCAUCAUUGGAGAUCUACAUGUGAAGCUUCAGAAAUGCAAAUCUGAGCUUGAGGCAGCUGUCGCUGCUGAAUCAAAAGCUACAUCAGCUUCUGAUGACUUGAUGUUGGCCCUUCAGCAGUUGUCUUCUGAGUCAAAGAAUGCCCUGCAGGAAGCUGAGAUGAUGCAGAGGACUGCGGCAGAACUAAGAGAUCAAGCUGAAAAAGCUCGCGUUGAACUAGCAGAAGCUGAGCAAAAGUUGCAGCUGGCUUUGAAGGAAGCAGAAGAAGCAAAGGCAGCUGAAGCAAGGGCCCUUGAUCAGAUCAAGCAACUAUCUGACAGAGCAAGUGCCACUCGGACCUCAACUUCUGAAUCCGGAGCAAAGAUCACAAUCUCAAAAGAGGAGUUUGAUUCUCUUAGCCGAAAGGUCGAGGAGUCAGAAAAGUUGAGUGAAAUGAAAGUUGCUGCUGCUAUGGCUCAAGUAGAAGCCGUCAGAGCCAGUGAGAACGAGGCAAUUAAGAAAUUUGAAUCUGCCCGGAAGGAGAUGGAGGAUAUGGCGUUGGCAACAGAGGAGGCACUUAAAAGGGCAGAGAUGGCUGAAUCAGCAAAAAAGGCUGUAGAAGGUGAGCUUAAGCGGUGGCGAGAGAAGGAGCAGAAGAAAACUGCGGAGGCUCAGCCUUCUGCAGAAGCACAAGAAUAUGCAACUUCAACUGGAUCUCCGCCUAUACAUAAGGCUUCUGCUGGGAAAGCUGCUGAGAAGAAUGAAGGGCAUCAAAGGAACAGCAGAACGCUACUGAGGAAGAGCUUUAUGCUGCCAAACAUCACAAGCAUGUUCCAUAAGAAGAAGAGUCAUGCUGACAGCAGUUCUCCGUCAUACCUUCCUGGGGAAAAAUCCGUGUAAUCUAUCUGAGGCUCUUGUUUGCAAGUUGUGAUUGAGUCAUGGUUAGACGCAAUCAUUUGUAUAAUAUAUUUGCAGUUGCUUGCGCCUUGCAGUAUGUUCCUGACAUGAUUUUAUCCUGAUCUAUAUGUAUAUUUUGCAUGUUUCUUUAACACUUUCUGGGCUUUUGGAUGAGUACAUUGUACCUAUGUAAUUCAGUGUUAUAUUUAAGCAGCAAUAUCUUUGUCAUGUUCUUGCUA